ACUGUUCACACAGUCUCACCAUGUGAACACACAGUCGCCAACCCAAUUUUGACGUUAAACAUGAAUUCUGAAAGCAAAAAAUGGCCACAAUUUCUCGUUGUCAUCACUGCAACCAUCGCCGUCUUCACUACUGGCUUACACACAGGAUGGCCGGCACCCUCUCUUCCGAAAUUAUUAUCAGAUGAGUACCCCUUUGACGUCACGAAUGAAGAAGCUUCCUAUAUUACCAUAAUCGGGAGUCUGGGGAAUUUCUUCGGAAGCUUCGUUGGAAACAUCUUUUUGGAUAAAAUCGGGCGUCGAAAAACCAUUUUGAUGAUCGCCUUGCCCCAAUUGGUAUCUCUUUUAUGUAUAAUUUUGUCGUACCAAGUCAUGGAACUUUUGUAUGUUGGUAGAUUUAUGGGUGGAAUAGGGGAAGGGAUGACCAUCACGGUCAUCCUUCUCUACAUUGGAGAAAUAGCGGAACCUACAAUUCGCGGUACUUUAGCUACACUAGUGUCAAUCACGUGGUACUCAGGAGUCCUGUUUGUCAAUAUAGUUGGGUCGUACUUAUCCAUACGUGACACAGCUAUCACAUUCAUAGCGCUUCCAGUACUUUUCGUACUACUCUUCUACAAAAUGCCCGAAAGUCCCUACUACCUCUUAAUGAACAACGACGAAGAACAAGCCGAACGUGCUUUGAAGUUCCUACGACGACAGUCCAACGUAACCCAAGAACUCACGAAGUUGAAACUCGAUGUUAAUCGCCAGAUGUCCGAAAGGGGUACUUUCAAAGAUAUAUUCACUAUAGACUCAAAUAGGCGAGCUUUCUUCGUAACAGUGGGCGCCCGCUUCUUCCAACUAGCCACAGGAGUAGCGUCCUUCAAUCUCUACCUUCAACUCCUUCUAAAAGAGGCCACGCACACUCUAGACCCGGACGUAGGUUCCACAAUCGUCCUCCUCAUCCAACUCAUCAUGACGGUAUGCUCCACCUUCAUCAUCGACAAGUGGGGGCGCAAGCCCCUCCUCCUCUUCUCCAGCACUGGCUGCUUCAUCAACUUGGCCGUCCAAUCGGUUUUCUUCAUUUUGAAAGAACGCACCGCCGUGGACGUGUCAGUCGUCGAUUGGUUUCCGCUCGUGAUGAUGUUCUUGCAUAUAUUUUUGUACUCGAUAGGGUUGGGGGUGGUAGUGAGCGUGCUAACGAGCGAGAUGUUCUCAGCCAGUAUUAAAGCUAAGUUGAUUUGUUUGGUGAACGCGUGUUACGCGCUGUUGACUUUAGUGUAUACGAAGUACUACCAGUUUACGGCUGACGAGUUCGGAUUGGUGGUACCGUUUUUGAGUUUCGCGGUUUUGACGUUCGUUGGAGUUUUGUUUAUUUGGUUUGUUGUCCCGGAGACGAAGGGGAAGUCGUUGGAGGAGAUACAGCAGAAGUUGAAGGGGAGAGGGAGAAGGACAGAAAAUACAGUGAUUUAGUUUCAAGAAUGUUGUGUAAAUAUGUAUAUGGAGUAUUAAAAUAUUUUUACAAA